AUGGCGGGGGAGAUCUUUCCCUUUACUUCCUCCACCACACAGCGCUCUCUUCGUCUGCAGCGAGAGUGGCUGGACUGGGAAGACCAGAGAAGGAGACGGGUUGUGGCCCAGCAGUGCCUGAGCCACAGGUGCCCCCGCAGCCCCAGGGCCCAACUCACUAGGCCUCGAUGCUCCUGCCGAGACCCAGCUGUCCACAAUGCCUUGUUCUCCGGAGACCUGAAGCAGGUCCAAGCCCUGUUCCAAGAUGAAGAGGCAGCCAACAUGAUUAUGGAGACUGUGAGCAACCAGCUGGCCUGGUCAGCAGAACAGGGGUUCUGGGUCAUGACUCCCAAGACCAACCAGACGGCGCCUCUCACCAUCACUGCUGCCAGAGGCUAUACCGACUGUGUCCGCCACCUGAUCCACCAGGGGGCUGAACUGGACGCCUGCAUCGGAGGCUGGGCUGCCUUGCACAAGGCCUGCAGCCAGGCUCAGGUUGACUGUGUGCAGCUACUGCUGACCUCUGGUGCCAAGACCAAUGUGCUAUCUGAGGAGGGCACCGCCCCCCUACACCUCUGCACAGCUCCUGAGUCUUUGCAGUGUGCCAAGCUGCUGCUGGAAGCCGGAGCCAAAGUGAACCUGGCAGCCCGCGAGAGUGAGAUGACGCCCCUGCACGUGGCGGCGGCGCGCGGCCUAGAGGAGCAUGUGGUCCUUUACCUUGAUCAUGGCGCCAACGUGGGCCUGCGCACCAGCCAGGGCGAGACGGCCCUAAACACGGCGUGCGCGGCGGCAGAAGGCCCAGGCUGCGGUUCACAGCACGAGGCAGUGGCGCUUCGGCUCCUGGAGGCUGGGGCUGAUGCUCGGGCAGCGGGCCGCAAGCGCCACACACCGCUGCACAAUGCCUGUGCCAAUGGCUGUGCGAGCUUGGCUGAGCUCCUCCUCAGUUAUGGAGCACAAGUUGGAGUUCCCAAUGGGGCGGGCCACACACCCAUGGAUUGCGCGCUGCAAGCCAUUCACGACAUCCCCAACUGGGAGCCUGAGGUUCUCUUCAAGGUGCUUUUGGACUACGGGGCCCAGCCUGUGCGCCCUGAGAUGCUGAAACUGUGUGCCUCCUUUCCUCCGGCCCUAGAAGUCCUGCUUAACGCCUACACUUGCGUUCCAGCCUGUGAUACAUGGACCCAAGCUGUGCUUCCAGAAUUGUGGCAGGAGCACGAAGCCUUCUACCGGUCUGCCCUGUGCAUGGUGAACCAGCCCAGGAAGCUGCAGCACUUGGCCCGUCUGGCUGUACGUGUUCAGUUGGGUGGCUGCUGCCGCCAGGCCGCCACCCAGCUGCCACUACCCCCACUCCUCAGGAACUACCUGCUGCUGUGUGUGGAGGGGCACAUCCAGUGA